GCGGCUCGUCCCCUGCUCGCGGUAAAAUUCAAUGGCGUUCGCCGCGUGGAUCAAACAGCCCCGCCAGGCCUCUUCCAGUCCGCUGCCUCCCCCGUUUGGCUUUUCCGCGCAUGCGCGCACACGCGCCUCCACAUCCCGAGAGCCUUCAGUACGGGGUUUGUGUGUUGAGCCAAAAAAAUACCGCCUUCAUCAACAACGCAACCGAAAUAUGGCUUUUCAUCGAAAUGGGACGUAAAAUACGGCUUAAAGGGGAGAUAGGGAUUCGCGAGACAAACGCCCGAUCGCCUUUUUGUUGGUCUUUGUGCGCUGCCGAUGGUAGAUGGUAUCCAGCGAGCUGUAUCUGGCAGAGGAAGACGACGACUCGGCGAGUAAUAUGAAGGAGAUGAUCGGAGGCUGCUGCGUCUGCUCGGAUGAGAGAGGCUGGGCCGAAAACCCGCUAGUCUACUGCGACGGUCACGGAUGUAACGUCGCCGUCCACCAAGCCUGCUAUGGAAUUGUCCAAGUCCCCACAGGCCCCUGGUUCUGCAGGAAAUGUGAAUCGCAGGAACGUGCUGCCAGGGUGAUUAAAGGGUGGAGGGGGAGAAAGCCGAGCUGGCAGACCCCUGAAGGAGGAGGACUGUCCACCACCUGUAACAAAGAGGAGGAGGACAGCAGACUGAGCAGAAGUUUAAAAACUUUGAACAUAGUGAGGUGCGAGCUGUGUCCCCACAAAGACGGAGCACUGAAACGAACAGAUAAUGGAGGUUGGGCCCAUGUGGUUUGUGCUCUUUACAUCCCAGAAGUGGAGUUUGCCAACGUAUCCACCAUGGAGCCCAUUGUGCUUCAGUCUGUCCCUCAUGAACGUUAUAAUAAGACAUGCUACAUCUGUGAGGAACAAGGCCGUGAGAGCAAAGCUGCUACCGGAGCCUGCAUGACGUGCAACAAACAUGGCUGCCGACAGGCCUUUCAUGUCACAUGCGCUCAGUUUGCUGGGUUAUUGUGUGAAGAACAGGGCUCAGAUGCUGAUAAUGUGAAAUACUGUGGAUACUGCAAGUACCAUUACAGCAAACUGAGAAGGAGCAAAGGCCGUGGUAGUAGGGCUCAAAGCUUAAGUGAUUCUUCCACUCACUCUUUGGAUAAGCACCAUGACAAGGAAAAGAAGAAACAUAAAGAAAGGGAUCGCCACAAACCAAAGCACAAAAAAACUUUGGAGCUGUCACCUUCCUUGGUGCCAGCACUGAUGGUGACCUCUGAGAAGAGCUACAACAGCAACAGCGGUGGAAGUGUCUCCUCAAUUUCCUCCACUCAGAAGCGACUGGAUGACGGCGGAGGUCGUUUCACCAAUGCCAACUUUCAGGAAGUUCCUUCUCACUCCAGUUCCAGCUCCAAGGAUGGCAGCCUUUCUGAUGGCAAGAGCUCGGAUGGUAAAAGCAAGAAGUCCAGCAGUCACAGCACCAGCUCCAGCUCUGGUUCCAGGGGCCGUAAAUCCGCGCCGGGCAAGCCCCACGGCCCUGUGGUCACCACAGCGACGUCAUCCACAGCUCCCUCCUCAACCAGUCCUUUUCAGCAAGGUCUUUUAUUAGGCAGCAGCAGCAGUAAAUCAGUCACUAGUGGGUCUGUGGUUCAGCCCACAUCUGAUUUCCUCAGCUUCUCUGAUCCCAGCCUAAGGGCCGGUGACUCGUACACACCUCCAUCCUUUAGCCGCUGCCACGUGAAGGGCAGUGCAGAAAGCACAGCUUCUGAAGGCAUGGUGGCUCUCAACACCUUCGGCAUGAUGUCCCUCCCCCAAAGCUCAAGCUCAAGCAAGCAUUACGAGAACUGUCACCCAGCCGGAGAACUGGGAGGCCUGGCAUCCGCAGGCUAUAAACGACCCCAGCCCUCCUCGUCCUCUUCCUCUGCAACAUCGUCUUCAUCUACUGGCGAGGAUGGCGUGAAGAAGAAGAAGAGAGGGAACUGGAGGAACCGGUAUGGACCGUGCUUCACCACCCAGGACAGUAAAACCACUGAUACGGGAGAGCACGCUUCCACAAUGCCCUCAUCCACUUCCCCCUCGCCAUCCUCCAUGAGCACUAUGGCCUGCCGCGGGAGUGCAGUCAGCAGUACCGGAGGUGUGGGAGCAGUGGGUGCUGGGAGCAGCAGUCUGGGGAUUCAGAAGUCCCCAUCCCUCCUCAGGAAUGGCAGCUUACAGGGUAUGACUGUCAGCUCCCCACCUGCUGGACCAGGUUCGUACUCCAGCAGUAGCGAUGUAGCCUGCUCAAUGCCCAGUGCUGUGUUUGGAGGGUCUCUGUCCGGAUCCAACUCGGAGUUACCUGCUCAUCAGUCAGUGGUCACUUCCAUGCCCACUCUCACCUCUUUGCCCCCGACCACCCCGUUCACCAGCACCUCAUCCACACAUUCAAACUCUCUACCCGGAUCCUUUAACCUGGCGCCAUCCCAUAUGUUCGGAAACAGGCUGAAUCCGAAUUCCGCUAUGGCUGCACUGAUCGCCCAGUCCGAGGGCUCCCCAGCAGAUCAGGAGCUUGGAGACGGAGCUCUCGGCUUCUCCAGAAGAGGAAACUCACCAAAGACAAACCUCUCCCCUCGGUCUCCAUUAAGUGGGCUUCAUAUCCGGUAUGACUCGUCAGGACCGUUGGUUCCGGGGAUCGGAUCUGGUUCGGAUGCAUUGCCUCCGGUGGCCACCAGCAUCGACCAGCUGCUGGACCGGCAAUGGAACGAAGGACAGCAGUUCCUUCUGCAACAGGGCUCACAAGGAGAUGUUCUGGGAAUGCUGAAGUCCCUGCACCAGCUGCAGGUGGAAAACCGGCGCCUGGAGGAACAGAUCCGAACUCUCACCAUGAAGAAGGAACGACUGCAGCUCUUGAGCGCUCAGCUCUCUGUGCCUUUCACCCCCGCGAGCACCACGGCCACCACUGCCUCCUCUCCACUGUACCCCAGCAACACUCACGCAGACAUGCUGCACAGCAAGAGCAUUCAGCUAGGCAGCAGUGUUUUAACAGAGUCCUCUCAACCCUUGCCCACUCAGGAUCCCCUGUCUGGUGGCCAUAGCAGCGGAAGUAGCACGUCCUCUCUCUCCACCCCUCCGUCUGCGGCCCACAGCCCCCCCCAGCAGCAGGUGAACGGAGUCGGCAUGGCCGGGGUGGCCGUCCAGCCUGGCAAUGCCAACUCGACCCUCCCUGCCAUAGCCGGGGUGACGGGUCUGAUGGGCGCUCUGCAGGGGAACCACCUGGCCAUGAGUGGCAUCGUGGGCGCCCUAAACGGAGUCAUCCAGACCUCCCCCAGCCUGACCCAGAAUAGUAGCCCCCUGCCCCAUCCCUCAGCAGCUUCCAGCGCAUCUAUGCCCAUGUCCAACAGUCUCAGUAACAGCAUGACCACCGCAAAAACCAGUGCGGCAAGGCUUUUCAAUGAUCAGCACAGACAGAUCUUUCUCCAUCAGCACCAACUUCAGCAGCUUUUCAGCUCUCAUCAGGUCACACCGGAACAGCAGCAGGCUCUGCUCUAUCAGUUAAUGCAACAACCGCAGCAGCAGCAGCAACAGCAGAAUGACAUACAGCUACAGCAGCUGCCAAUCAACAGCCUCCUGCCCGCCACGCAGCCAGCCAUCACUACCAACCCCUUCCUCGCCAUGCACAACGACAGCAACACUCCCAAGACUGGAGUUAGUACUGCAACUAUCAAACAGACAAAAAGACUGGAGAAGGCUGUGUCUGUGACAGGACAGGAAAAGACCUGAUGUAAAAAAAAAAAAAAACCAACAUUCUGGAGGAGUUCUGCCUUAUGGAUCCCUCUCAUCUGCUCACCCCAAGAGGCUUGCAAUCUGAGCAGCAAGACCAGAACAUUCACCCACCGCACAAAACCCUCACCAGCCUUCAUAUGUACACACACUUGCCAGUUUGAUGCCCAUCUGGCAGACAACAUGCUGCACUGAGUUUGAGAAAAUCACUUGCUGUAAACGUACUGGAUCCCAUGGGGGCCCCAAAGACGGGCUCACACACACACAUGCACACACACACACACACACACACACACACACGCGCUCUCUCUCUCACCCUGCCAGUGUGCUGAAAAUGACACGCUGGUGCGAGUCGCUGUGGGCGGAAAGCGUAGAACGAGGUCUCGGAUGGGGAGUGUAAGAUGGAGAUGCCUCUGGAACAGUUACCUCUCUGUACCCCUUUAACAAGAAACUCGUAACGAUAAUCUCAAUAAAAACCUGUCGUAUUUGUCCGUCUGUGUAUUAAAAAGGCGUCAAAUAUUUCAAAGCUGAAGCGAUCAGACAUUUGUGCACCAUGAAGGCCUUCUCUGCAUCCUGAUCUUGAGCUUCCCCUGUGAGGAGGCGUCCCAAAGGUCCACAAACUGUCUCACUGACCCUGCUGCACUCUUUGAAGAGCAACUACCUCUCAAGCCAGGACACACAGACCAGGCCCUGAACCCAAGUGCCUGGCCCCGAUCUCCAAGCUCUCAGCCAGGGGCCGCGCGCUGGAGACGCUGCCAGUCUCUCUCUCUCUCUCUCUCUCUCUCCUUCCCUUUUUUUUUUUUUUUUUCUCUCUCUCUCCAAUCCAUUUUUUUGUGAAAUGAUUUGAUACCAAUCAGCGUCGCUCAGGCAAUACCAGUUCAGAGAGUCUCAGAGAUCUCUGCCUGUACAGUGACUACACUGAAGAAAAAAGAAAAAAAAAAAAAGAUUUUUCGAAUGUUUGCGCUGCAAUGAUCAUUUUUGAAGCCAACUUUCUAUUAUUUCUUUUUUUAUUUAUUUGCAUUGGUUGCGUGCUGGGCGCAAGGUAAUAUAUUCUGACGCUCGGCUGGCAACAUGUUUUUAUACUACUGUACAAAAUUCUCAGCUCUUUUGAGUCUUGUAAGCAUUUUGAUGAACAUGUCUGGUGUUUGAAGUUCUGAAAAAGGAAAAAAGCCUACUUGAUGAUUUUGUGGUCUUGUAAAUACGCCUGUUUUCCCCCCUUUUCCUUUUGUCGCUAUGUAAAUCUACAGAUGCAUAUUGGAUUAAGAAUAAGCUGUCAGAAUAAAUAAGAUUUAGUUUAGCACACUUUUACCUCUUUUUUUGUUGUAAAUACAUAUUUGUGAUUCACUUAGUGGUGUGAAGGACUGUUUCGAAGCACUGUCGCUAUGUUCAGAUCUUUUCCAACAGGCUUUCCACAAGACUGGUGACUGGAUAAAGUGUAUUAAUUUAUUUUUGUAUGUGCAGGGACUUUUUUUUGCACCGUUUUAUUGAUGUGGUUUUAUACGUUAUAGAUGUGGUAUGUCCACGUUUCAUGUAUCUGUACAGAAAUUAUGCAAAAUCUCUAAAGUUUGUAUUUAAAACAUCAAAAGUGAAACCACACGAGUCCUGCUUCAUAUUAAGAAAUUCUGAACACUAAAAUUGUAGUGUCGCGCUUUUUUCAGUGAUAAAUUAAAAUCUGUUUAUUACAA